CUUCUCAAUGAUGAGGGUGUUAAGUUUGUUGAGGCAUCGGUAGAUCGCUCUCUUGAUCAGGUGAUGCCCUUUAGACCUUCGGCAUCUUUGCUAAGCCUUCACCCUAGCCUCGAGGGUGUGGUGGAGCUUGUUCAAGUUCAACUUACAACCUUUAUAUGUGGCUCGUUGGUUGUUGGAUUCACCGCAAACCACCUCGUGGCUGAUGGACACUCGACUAGCAAUUUCUUGGUUGCUUGGGGCCAAGCUUGUCGAGGACUCGAAAUUAAUCCACUCCCUUUGCAUGAUCGCACAAUAUUCUCCCCACGAGACCCUCCUAUAUUCGAGUUCGAGCAUAAAGGAUUUGAAUAUAUCAACAAAAAACUAAAGAAAGUUUAUCCUCUAAUCCAUAACGGUGUCGAUGACAUUGUGGCUCACAAAGUUCAUUACUCGACAGCAUUUCUUGCCAAGCUUAAGUCCAAGGCUUCUUCAUUGAAUGGAAACAACAAGCCAUUCAGUACUUUUGAGAGCCUUUUGGCACAUCUUUGGAGAACCAUAACAAGGGCCCGUAGUCUAAGUGAGCAUGAAGUCACCCAAGUGAGAAUAUCUGUCGACGGACGCCACCGGCUAAACCCUAAAGUUCCAAACUACUUUGGAAAUUUGGUACUUUGGGCAUUUCCAAAAGCCAAAGUGAAUGAUCUUUUAAACCAGCCUUUACCCUAUGCAACAAAGCUCAUUCAUGAUGCAGUCGUAAAUGUGAAUGACAAUUAUUUCAAAUCGUUCAUCGACUUCGCAAAUCAUAAGGUAAAAGAGGAAGAACUUGUUCCAAAUGCAGUGGCUGAUACAGAAGAGUCCAUAUUAUGGCCUAAUUUGGAGGUUGAUAGCUGGCUAAGGUUUCCAUUUUAUGAGCUAGAUUUUGGAUGUGGAGGGCCUUAUAUUUUCAUGCCCUCUUUCUUCCCAACAGAGGGCAUGAUAUUUCUUCUUCCAUCCUUCAUACAAGAUGGAAGCAUAGAUGUCUUCGUUCCUCUCUUCAGGGACAAUUUAGAAACCUUCAAACAAAUUUGCUAUUCUCUAGACUAGAUUCAUUAAUUACUGCAUGCAUAAAUCACACACAAAAAGUUAAUUUUGUUUUUCAAUCUUUUUUGCUUUCAAAUUAUUUGGAAGUGGGACAGAAGUUACAUAUAUCAUAUAUGUGUUUUGUAAUUUUUUAAAUCAUAAUGGAAAUAAUUUCGUUACAGCA